AUGGAUAAAAUCAAUGUCUUCAUUUGUUAUGGAGGCAAGUGGACACAAGAUAAUGAGUACACAAGUGACAAAAUGACUGGAAUUGUUGUCCCGAUGGAUUGCACGUACAAUCACCUUGAGUGCAUGAUAUGUUCUGUGAUGAAAGUAAGUGCAUCAACUCAGAGAGUAAAAAUACAAUAUAGAGUGAAGAAAAACAUGCCUUUAAUGGAGAUUUCAGAUGAUAUUUCACUAACAUUUUAUUUGGAGUUGAAGAGAAAGGAUAAAGAUCUUGCAAGCUUUCCAUUGUGCAUAAAUGUGACAACGUUUUGCGAAGCUGUAACUGAUAAUUCUGUGACAUCAGCUCAAAAAUUACCUAGUAUGGAAGAAAUUGCGAUUGAUGUAUACAAUAAUAUGUCUGAAGUUGGAGAAACAACGGAUGAAGGAGGAAGUGAUAUCAUUUCAAUGGUCACUAUGGAUGGAAUUUCAAAAGAUAAAGUGUUCAAGAACAAGACAAUGGUUAAGAGAAGUAUUUCGAUAUAUGCGAUACACAAUAACUUUCAAUUCAAGGUAAGUAAGUCGAACAAGAAAGAGUAUGUGUUGAAAUGUAUUGAUGAUAAGUGUAAAUGGACUUUUAGAGCUUCAAGACUUGGUGGAACCGAUAUGUUCAAGGUAAGGUAUAGAAAAAAUGUCCAUAUAUGCUCAAAUAACAUCAUUUUGGGAGAUCAUCCUCAAGCAACCAGCUCAAUAGUAGGAGAAUUCAUCAUGUACAAGUAUAUCUCAACAAAAACAACAUACACUCCUGCAGACAUUAUAAGUGACAUGAUGAAUACCUAUGGAGUGUCGAUGAGCUAUGAGAAAGCUUGGAGAUCUAAGGAGAAAGCAUUGGAAUUAGUGAGAGGAGAUCCUACAGAGUCAUAUGAAAAGCUUCUAGAAUACUUGUACAUGAUAGAACAAACAAAUCCUGGAUCAUUUACAAAAAUUGAGACAUAUCAGGACAACAAAUUCAAGUACCUCUUCAUGGCAUUAGGAGCAUUUAUUCAAGGGUGGAAGUAUUGUAGACCAGUUAUAGUAAUAGAUGCUACAUUCUUAAAAGGCAACUAUGGCCGAACACUAUUCACUGCAUGUACGCAAGAUGCCAACAAAAGUAUCUUUAUAUUAGCAUUUGGAGUUGGUGAUUUAGAAACCAAUGAUUCUUGGGAGUGGUUCUUAAGUAUGUUAAAAGAAGCAUAUGGUGAGCGAGAAGGUUUGUGUAUAAUCUCAGAUGGACAUGCAAGCAUAAAAAAUGCAAUUCACAAAGUGUAUGAGAAUGCAAUGCACGGAUUAUAUUCCUAUCACUUACUAAAGAACUUGAAGUCUUCUUUUGGUGGGAAAAAAAGGGGAAGAAGGAAGUGA